UAUACUUAGCUAGCUAGCCAACCAACUUCCACUUCUCAAACUCCUUAGUUUUCUUCAUUUUCUUUUCUUUGUAGUAAUUGCUACCUUGGUGCUUACUCUGGUUAAAUGUACUAAGGACUACUUGCUCCUUGGAAGAAAAAUUAGUAUGGUGAAGUCUACGAACCACUCACAACAGCCAAACCAAAAAUUAAGUAUGCGAGAAUCGCCUGAUCCUCCUUUUGAGGAGACAUACAAGAAACUUUUUGACGACAUAAGAAUUGGAAAAGCUUCAAACAUAAAUUACCACAACCUCUUUGUUGUAGAGGAAUGCGAGUUGCCAUUAAUAGACCUUGAGCUAUUAAAUGGAAGAGAAUUCGAGAGGGAAGAAUGCAAGAGAAAGAUAGCUAAAGCUUCACAAGAAUGGGGUUUUUUCCAAGUGGUGAACCAUGGGAUAUCACAUGAUAUAUUGGAAAAAAUGAGAAUGGAGCAAAUCAAGCUUUUCAAGAAGCCAUUCAAUGAGAAAAUGAAUGAAAAGAAUCACAAAUUCUCCAAAGGAAGUUACCGUUGGGGAACUCCGUCAGCUACUUGUCUUCAACAACUUUCUUGGUCCGAAGCUUUCCACGUUCCUCUCACUGAUAUCUCCAAUUCAAGUGGUCUUAGCAGCCUCAGGUACUAAAAUUAAACUCUUUAAAUUGUUAGCUUUGAUAUCUCUCUCUCUUUCUGUGUUUCCUCUUUGCAUUAUAUGUGUACUGAAGGAGAGGUGGUUGUGUGCACCACCGGUGGCGAAGCCAGGGUAUUCAUCUUGGGUGUUCAAACUUAAAUGAAGUGAAAAAAUCACCGAUAAAGAGUGUUCAAUAUAUGUUAUAUACCACUAAAAUAUAAUAUUUUAUCUAUAUAUACAGUGUAAUUUUUUGACGAAAGAUGAACAGUUUAGGGCUAUGU